AUGCCUGACCUACACUCACUUCCGGACGGCUGGUGGCCCGAACACGCUAUCCGAAACAAUGGCCCAGAAAACUUACUGCUAGAGAGAAUGAAGCUGCGGGAACUCGCUGAGGGGUGGCCGUGUUAUCGUGAUGCUUGCGAGUGGAAGAAUUUCGCAUCCAUCUUUCACGAGGGUGCCUAUCUGUACACCACAUGGUCGGGCAAAGUGUUAUUCACCGAUUUUAUUGCCAUAUCGAAAGCCGGCAUGGAUCAGGGUGCUUUCAUCAUGCACAGAUGUCACGGGACGACAACAGAUAUUACUAAAGACGGCCAACGGGCAGUGACCAAGCUAAAAGCCACUAUUACACAGCGAUUUGUGAUAGGCGGCGCUGAGGUUGACGUGGAGUGUGAUUGUCGAUUUUGCUUUUUCUUCGAAAAGGUUGAUGGACGAUGGGGUGCACGUUUUGUCCGUCACUGGUAUGAGAAGGACAAACUUAUUCCGGUGACUCCUACCAAGUUGCCCAAAAUCGACGAUGCAAAGCUCGCCUCAUAUCCUGAAGGAUACAAAUUUCUUGCAUAUUGUCAAGAGCAAACGAUGGGAGUCUCUGUCAUCAAGGACAUGCCGGGUCACAAUCGUCAUAAGGAGACACCUUCUGGUGACAAGCACGAUCUCUUGUACAAGCAAGCAAAGGAAUGGCUGGAGGGUGGAAAUAUUGAAAUAUAA